AUACGUUGCUCCAGACAAACUUGUGUACUACUAUCCGGGAAUCUAGAGAAUAAUAUCAACACGUAUCCCCCUUUCCCGGGCAAAGAGAAGCACCUUUUAAGAGCUCAAAUUGCUCGCAUUAGUGCUGCCACGCACAUAUCUCCAGCCGACUUUUUUCAGCCAAAUGAGGACGGAGAAGAAGCCAUCGCAAACCCCGAAUACGAACCCCUCUCACCUUCCGAGUUGGCCGACUCCAGUCUGGAGAAUUGGGUCCACCAUUCUAUGUUUAUAUUACCGCAAGGACGCACAAAGAGCGCCCCAGCUCUGAAGCCAGAAAGUAGUAGCCACGGUGAAGACGAGGAGGAGGAUGAGGAGGAAGAAGAAGAAGAAGAGGUGGGUCCACCGUUACUGCAUCCGAUCGCUGAAGACGAUGAUCUUGACGACGGCACUCCAGCAUGGUGUGUGAAGCAGUCGCCAAACGGAACUGUCCUCGUCUCCUCCAACUACUGGCCCGGAGCCUACGCAAUCGCCACCGAAGAACGUUGGUGGAAUGUGUACAUUGGCUGGGGUCAGAAACAGCUAUCAGGCGAGGCAUACCGACCAAUCAACCUGCACCCACCGGUGGCAGAUCAAUUCGACGACUCCGAGGAAGCAUGUCGUGAAGUGGACGAUCCGUCGCACGAGGAAGAGGAGGCCUGGCUUGCUGCGCACGCCGAACUCAACGCAGAUGUCGCCGACGACGAAAAUGGCGAUGGCAGUGAAGAAUCAGAGGAAGAAGAUGACGAAGACGACAGAUGA